AUGGGCAACAAGCGUCAAAGAGAAAGGAGUGACCGCAAAGGAGACCAAAAGAGGCAGAAGAAGCUUAACAAUGUCGUUGCAGCCACCACAAGCCCAAAACACGAAAAUAACUUCAUCAAGCUUCCUCACCUGGAUGAUGACUCGGAUUCAGAUUACAUUUUUGACUACAGCAGGAAGAGCCAAUCACCUGAGAAGGAGUUGAUCUUGGUUGACAGUGAUGCUGAGAAGAACAGUGGGGACAGCGAUAGUAACGAAAGUAUAAAAGAUCUGACUGAAAGCAGCCAUGAAAACCAAGAGAGUAAUGAGUUGACAACCAAUCAAGAUUUUAUCCAAUUUGGCUUUCUGUCCUCAGACGAGGACGAUGAACACGAUGAAGAGCAUGACUCGCAGAAUACAAACGAGCUACUGGCAGAAGCAAAUUCAUCAUAUCCUUGGAUAAAGGAUCACGACCAUUCCACACAAAAGGAGAUUGCCGAUUGGCUCACAAUGGAAAUGAAGGAUUUUGUUAGAUACAUCUCACCUUCAAAAGCCGAGAUUAUCACACGGAAUAACGUCAUUAAUACACUAAAAAAGGAAAUAUCCUCCUUCUGGCCAGGGACGGAGGCUCAUGUUUUUGGUUCGUGUGCAACAGAUUUAUAUCUACCAGGAUCUGAUAUAGAUAUGGUGGUCAUAUCUAGCACCGGUGACUACGAAAACAGGUCGAGGCUCUAUCAACUCUCGUCUUUUCUCAGGGUUAAGAACUUAGCCAAAAACGUGGAGGUCAUUGCAAAUGCCAAGGUUCCAAUUAUCAAAUUUGUUGACCCUGAUUCCAAUUUACCUGUUGAUAUAUCGUUCGAACGCACGAAUGGUUUGGACGCUGCUCGACGGAUAAGAAAAUGGCUACUUGCUACUCCAGGGUUGCGCGAACUAGUUUUGGUUGUCAAGCAAUUUCUAAGAUCGAGAAAACUUAACAAUGUUCAUGUUGGUGGUCUUGGGGGGUAUGCAACCAUCAUAAUGUGCUAUCACUUUAUGCAAUUGCACCCAAAAAUUUCAACAAAUACCAUGGAUGCUCCAGAUAAUUUAGGUGUGCUACUUAUUGAAUUUUUUGAGCUAUACGGGCGCAAUUUUUCCUAUGACAACCUCAUUAUAUCGAUUGACCCAGAAACUCAGUUGCCGCGUUACUUGUUGAAAGGGAGACAUCCCAUUUUGAGUACCGCAAGAAAUACUUUUUCGAUUGUGGUUCAAGAUCCUGCUGAUUCUAGUAACAAUAUUACUCGGUCAUCGUAUAAUCUCAGGGAUUUGAAAAAGGCUUUUGGUGGUGCAUAUCAGCUUCUUGUUGCCAAGUGCUAUGAACUAAAUGCUGCACCGUAUAGAGAGAGGUUGGGCAAACUGAUUCUUGGGGAUAUCAUCAAAUACAAAGGAAAGGAGAGAAAUUUUGUUGAUGAGAGGCAUUUGGUGAGGAAUGAUGCUCUUAUUCAUCAUGAAGAACACCCGAACACGGAACAGGAUUUAGAAAGUGAUGGGUUGGAAGGAAAUGACAAGUAUUACUUUUCAGAUAUGACAGUGGAGAGUGAAGAAGAGUACACUCCCUUACCCACGAAACCCACCCUUGUUUCAAAGCAAACACCAAUCACGAACAAGGCUAAGGAUACGAAAAAAUUAGUGGAGUCAUAUUUGAGUUUAGAAUCUUCGCCAGAAGCUCAGGAGAAAACAAGAGAUGAUGAUGCUGCUGCUGCUCCUGCUACUACUGCUGCUACUGAACCGAAAAAGCCAAAGCUCCCAAGAAAGCCCGUUGUAGAUAAAGACUUCAAAAGAGAUUAUUGGAGACUGAAAGGCUUCGAUAUGUAA